CCAUCACCAAUUCCCCACCUCCCAGCCAAACACCUCUCCCCUCUCCCACCUCCGAAGCAGCAGCAGCAGCCAUGGCCCCCAAGGCGGACAAGAAGCCGGCCGCCGAGAGCAAGGUCGAGAAGGCGGCGGAGACGGCCCCGGCGGGCAAGAAGCCCAAGGCCGAGAAGCGGCUGCCGGCGGGCAAGACGGCGUCCAAGGAGGCCGGCGGCGAGGGGAAAACCCGGGGCAGGAAGAAGGGCAGCAAGGCCAAGAAGGGCGUGGAGACGUACAAGAUCUACAUCUUCAAGGUGCUGAAGCAGGUGCACCCCGACAUCGGCAUCUCCUCCAAGGCCAUGUCCAUCAUGAACUCCUUCAUCAACGACAUCUUCGAGAAGCUCGCCGGGGAGUCGGCCAAGCUCGCGAGGUACAACAAGAAGCCCACCAUCACGUCCAGGGAGAUCCAGACCUCCGUCCGCCUCGUCCUCCCCGGCGAGCUCGCCAAGCACGCCGUCUCCGAGGGCACCAAGGCCGUCACCAAGUUCACCUCCUCCUAGACUGAUGAACUGAUGAUGCGUCCGUCGCCUCUAGUUGGUCUCUGUAUCUGCAUCUCUGUUAACUCUGCUUAUCCCUCUGCAAGUAGUGCUGGUAGUCUGUGCUGGGUGAUUGCCAACGCUUCGUUGGCUCGUUCCUCGUUGCUUGGGAGGACCGAAGCUUCUGCUUUUGACAAGCUGAUAUCUAUCUAGAACUGAAGUUGUGGUGGUACUAUACCUGUGUCAGUGAUGGUCUGGCUGAUGUUUGCUUGUCUACUCUUCUGAAACUGAAUUUUGGUUGCUUA